UUUUCCUCUCUCAAUCUAGGGUUUCAAAAUGCAGAUGUUCUCCAGCCAGUUCGAUCCCUUCUCCGGUGGAUUCUCGUCAUCUCAGUCAACUGAUUCCGGCGUUUCGUCGGCCAAAAGUCGUGAAACUCAAGGGUUGAUCCCAGUGACAGUGAAGCAGAUCAGCGAAGCUUCUCAUUCCGGUGAUGAUAAAUCCAAUUUCCAAAUCGACGGUGUGGAUGUUACCAAUAUUACAUUGGUUGGAAUGGUGUUCGAUAAAUCUGAAAGGGUUACUGAUGUUUCUUUCGCUCUCGAUGAUGGUACAGGCCGAAUAGAGUGUAAAAGAUGGGUGAAUGAAGCUUUUGACACAAGGGAAAUGGAGAACAUAAGUGAUGGAAUUUAUGUUCGUCUUAAUGGACACCUAAGAAGUUCCGGAGGCAACAGGCAAUUGGUUGCCUUUUCAGUGAGGCCUGUGACAAAUUUUGAUGAGAUUGCCUUCCACUUUAUCGAGGUCAUACAUCUCCAUCUGAAGAAUUCCAAAACACGGCUGCCAAGUGAUGCCCUGACUCAGCCUUUGAGUGCAUCUGUGAAGACCGAAUCAACUGGAUAUCAAACCCCAUCAAGUCAUUUAUCUGCCCAAAGUGUUGAUGGAGUCAAAGGACUCGACCAAAUGGUUCUUGACUACCUGCAGCAACCUUCAAACUAUGAUCGAGAAAAGGGCGUACACAGGGAUGAACUUUCCCAGCAGCUGAAGAUUUCUACUGAAAAGAUCAUGGAAUCCAUCAGAACUCUUGAAGAGGAAGGGUUGAUCUACUCCACAAUUGAUGAAUUUCACUACAAGUCAACCACAAGUGGAUGAUGCUCAAGGAUUUUAAACAAGAAAGGCCUGGUGUUGGAAACCUAACUCAGCUAUGUCUGUUAUAAUUUCUUCCUUCAGCUUUUGACUGAAUCUGUUUGGAGGAUUCAUCAAACAUUAAUGUAGUGCAAUCCAAUGUAGUACAUAAAAUUAAGAAUGUAGUUUCUUCUUGCUA